AAACCACAUGGAAAUUUCAAACUCCAUAAGUUUGCAUCAUCGAUUCACUUUCAUUAAGCUCUUUUCACUUGCAUUCCCACUAUCUUCUUUCUUUGGCAAUGGAAAACAAAAAUUACACAUCAAGUGAAAAGCAAAGCCCUGUCGCCAUGUUCAACACCCUCUGUUAUCUUCUUCUUCUUCUUCUUCUCCACUUUUCUCUAUCUCAGGGCCUGACUUUCCCGCAGGAUAUUUCAGCUCUUAAAGCCUUCAAGGCCUCUAUCAAGCCAACCUCAAUCCCUUCAUGGUCAUGUCUCGCUUCAUGGGACUUCGCCGCCGCCGACCCUUGCGCUCUCCCUCGCCGCACUCACUUCACCUGCGGCAUUAUUUGCUCCAUUGACUCAACUCGUGUCACCCAAAUCACCCUUGAUCCUGCUGGUUACUCCGGCCAACUCACCCCUCUCCUUUCCCAACUCACCCAACUCACUAUUCUUGAUCUCUCUGAUAACAGCUUCUUCGGGUCUAUACCUUCUUCCAUUUCUUCCCUACGUAGUCUCCAAACUCUGAUUCUCAAGUCCAACUCCUUCUCCGGGUCAAUCCCUGACUCUGUUACCACCCUGAAAUCACUUGAAUCCUUGGACAUUUCUCAUAAUUCACUUUCCGGACCUUUGCCCAAAACCCUCAACUUGCUUUCUGGUUUGAGGAGACUCGAUCUCAGUUACAACCAACUCACCGGUUUUCUACCUAAACUGCCUUACAACUUAUUGGAGCUUGCUUUAAAGGGUAAUUCUUUAUCCGGGUACAUCUCGAAUUCCUCUUUCGAUGGGUUAACUCAGCUGGAAGUCGUUGAACUCAGUGAAAACUCGUUCACCGGCACACUCGGAGUCUGGUUCUUUCUCUUACCGGCAUUACAACAGGCAGAUUUAGCCAACAACAGCUUAACACGUGUGGAGAUCUCGAAGCCAUCCGGCGGUAACAGCGACCUUGUGGCCAUCGAUCUCGGGUUCAACCACAUCGAGGGAAACGCCCCCACCGACUUCGCCAACUACCCACAGCUGUCCUCUUUGACGUUGCGUUACAACCGCUUACGUGGCGCCAUCCCAUUGGAGUACAGCAAGAAGAAGUCGUUGCGACGGUUGUUUCUGGACGGGAAUUUCUUGAUCGGAAGACCACCGUCGGAUUUCUUCGGCGGCGACACGUGGGUUUCCGGUAGCUUGGGGAACAAUUGUCUAGUGGGAUGUCCAGGAUCUUCGCAGCUGUGCAGUCCUUCGCAGAAACCUUACGAAGUUUGCAAGCAAGCUUAUGGUCGGAAACCGAUGGCUUAAUGUGAGAUCUGUCGGUCCAUGAUUUCCCAUCAUUUUUAAUUAUUUUAUCUUAAUAUAGUUUAGUAAAAACAUAUACAGAUGAGCCUAACCUAAUUAUUUUCUUCAUUAUCAAUAAAAUAAAAAUAUUACCACUA